AGUCCGACCAUGCCCCAUGCCUCCGGGUGUCCGCAACGGAAAUCAUAAUGGCCAGGGCAAACCAUUUUUUACCACGGGCAUGUCUGUAACAUAUACCUGCGACCCCGGCCACUACCUGGUUGGAAAUGCCGCGGUGUUUUGCAGGGUGUCUGGGAACUGGAGCCAGCCAGGCCCCCGCUGUGAAGUGACUGUCUGCAUAAAUCCAGAUGUAGAGAACGGAAGGCAAAUUGACGGUCACCAAAUUAUCUCCGCGCCGGGGCAAAUGCUGACGUUUCAGUGCCACGAUGGUUACAGCCUGCAGGGCAGUGCCAAAAUCUUCUGCCAGGAGGAUGGCAGCUGGCAGCCUCCUGCUCCCGUCUGCAAUAGGCUGUACCAUUCCCAGGAGCUCUCAAACAGGCCUGACCUUCCAGGUGCUUGUGGUGCUCCCACAAGGUUACGCUUUGCUGAGCUAAAUGAGGAGCAUAAAAAUGAGAUUGAUUUUUCUGUUGGGAAGACUGUGCAAUACACUUGCCUACCUGGAUAUACUAAACACCCAGGAAUGUCACCUACUAUUACAUGCCUUGAGAGCGGAGUGUGGUCAGAAGCACUAGAGUUCUGUAAAAGGAAACAAUGCAAUCAUCCUGGUGAACCUGUGAACGGGAAAAUUAUUUUCCUAACAGAUCUCCUGUUUGGGUCAACCGUGGUCUAUGGCUGUGAAGAAGGGCACCGGUUAAUUGGACAAUCCAGCAGACGAUGUGAGGUUUCUGGUGGACACGUUGCAUGGAGUGGCGACAUUCCCAUUUGUCAGCGCAUCCCUUGUGAGCCGCCUCCGGACAUUCCCAAUGGGAAGCACACGGGCAGGCUGCUGGAUGAAUUCCACUUCGGCACCUCUAUAAAAUACACCUGCAAUCCCGGGUACCCACUCCGUGGAGAGCCCUCCAUCCACUGCACCACCCGGGAUGGGAAAAACGGGGUGUGGAGCGGGCCCCCCCCACAGUGCGGAGCGUCGCAGUGCUCUCGCCCCCCAGCCAUUGCCAACGGAAAGCACAGCGGCCCAGCCACGGCCGUUUUCCCCAGCGGCGCGUCCGUGAGCUACGCCUGCGACCCUGGCUACGUCCUUGUGGGAGAGGCACAGCUUAAUUGCACUUCGUCUGGAGCUUGGAGCCUCCCUGCCCCGCGCUGCGAAGCGUCGCAGUGCUCUCGCCCCCCAGCCAUUGCCAACGGAAAGCACAGCGGCCCAGCCACGGCCGUUUUCCCCAGCGGCGCGUCCGUGAGCUACGCCUGCGACCCUGGCUACGUCCUUGUGGGAGAGGCACAGCUUAAUUGCACUUCGUCUGGAGCUUGGAGCCUCCCUGCCCCGCGCUGCGAAGGGCGGCUCUGUCCCACCCCGCCGGCGAUUGAGCACGGCCAGCACGAUGGCAGGGAUGCGACAGGCUUCAGCCCUGGCAAGUCCGUGAAUUAUAGCUGUGACCCCAGCUACGCUCUCGUGGGAAAAACAACGCUGUACUGUACGGUCAACGGGACCUGGAGCAUCCCUUACCCCCGCUGUGAAGAGGUGCAGUGCCCCUCGCCUCCAGAUAUUGAGAAAGGAAACCACAACAGCCAGGACUUGGAUGUUUUCACUACCGGCAUGGUCGUAAAUUAUAGCUGCGACCCUGGCUACCGCCUCCUGGGAGAGGCAUCGAUUUACUGCACCGACUCAGGAAACUGGAGCCUCCCUCCUCCUCAGUGUGCAGGUGGCUGUGGAGCACCUCCAAACUUCACUUUUGCUGAGCUAACCGAGGAAUACAGAAAUGUGAUGGAGUUUCCUGUUGGGGACACGGUGCAAUACAGCUGCCAGCCGGGAUACAUGAGACACCCUGGAGUACCCUCAACUCUGACAUGCCUCCAAAACCACACGUGGUCUGAAGCGCUAGCGUUUUGUGAAAGGAAGCAAUGUAAAUACCCAGAAACGCCAAAGAACGGCAGAGUUGUUGUUCUGACAAAUCUCCUUUUCAAGUCCGUCGUGAGCCACACGUGUGAAGAAGGGUACCAACUGGUUGGGCAGUCUCAUAGGCGAUGUGAGAUUUCUGGACCAGAUGUCGCAUGGAGUGGUGCUCUUCCCAUUUGUCAGAAAGUGGUAUGUCCAGUCCCACAGAUCCAGAACGGGACAGUAUCUGUCCUUAAAUAUCAUUACACAUACAAAGAUACUGUUAGCUUUAAGUGCUAUAAAGGUUUCUCCUUGCGAGGCCAUCACACAGCCCAGUGCCAAGCUGAUAACACGUGGGACCCACCCCUACCAGUCUGCGAGCAGGAUGGAAUGGCAGAACACUAUCGUCGUCCUGAGACCACAACGAAGCCAGCAGUGAAGUGUCUACGCCCACCAAGCAUUGCUAAUGGGGAACACAGCAGUCAUUUCUCAGACACUUUUGACGUAGGAGCACUUGUGCACUACCGCUGCAAACAGGGCUUCUCCCUCAUCGGGAAUGAGUCUGUUCGUUGUACAACGCACGGAGUCUGGAGCCAUCCCCUUCCUCAGUGCAAAGAGCUGCACUGUUCCAAGCCUGCAGGUAUCGUCCAUGGGUCUCUCAGUAGCCCGGCAAAAGCAUUUUUCACUCCUGGAACAUAUGUAAGAUACAUAUGUGAGCCCGGUUUCUCUCUCCUUGGGACAGCAUCCAUUUAUUGCACAGAGUCUGGAGCCUGGAGCCAUCCUUCUCCAGUCUGUAAAGUUGUGAAGUGUCCCCACCCCCCAAACAUCACCAACGGGAAGCUCAAAGGCAACAUCUCUAACGCUUUUUCCUAUGGAGCAUCUGUAUCCUACAGCUGUAAUCCUGGUUAUUCACUCGUGGGCAAUGCUUUCAUCAACUGCACAGCGUCAGGAACCUGGAGCCAGCCACCUCCUCAGUGCAAAGAGAUCAGAUGUGUAUUCCCAGAAGUUCAAGGUGUUAAGAAAGCCAUAAAAGGGAAUACUUACCGCUCUGGGACGAACAUCACCCUUGAAUGUGAUGACGGUUACACGUUGGAAGGCAUCAGUCAGGUUCAGUGCCAAGAGGACUUCAGCUGGGACCCUCCUGUACCGGCCUGCAAACUAAUGUCACGCAAGCCCAGUUCAGUAGGCCUAGGAGUCGCGGCUGCGGGGGUCCUGCUUCUCCUGGGGGCAGGCGUUGUCUGGAAAAUUAUUUCUAAGCAGAAGGAAGGCUACUAUAAUACAUACGAAAACUACAGCUACCAAACGCCUCUGAACCAGACGACUGAACAGAAAUGUUCUUGUUCUCCAUAGAAGGUGAACCUACUUUCUCUGCUGAAUCUAUUGCACAUACCAAUGAAUUUUCACUGUUAGCAGCGCUCCGAACAUCAUCAGCUUUGUCAACAAACUGGCACCUGUAAACAUUAGCUCUUUUUUUUUAAAAGGCUAGUUUGAGAACAUUCCCCCUUGGAAACAAAGCAUUUCCCAGAAAUUCUCCCCUCCCUCCCUGAGUUAUGAUGUAAUCUCUAAAUGCCAGCGUGAAAACAGGACAAGUCCCAUUGUAACACCAGCACAUUGUCUUUUUCCUAGGCUGGGCACUCGCGCUGCCGCUAACCAGGCCUUGGGCUUGUCCCCUGUACAGAGAGCGGCUGCAGGUUGCAUGGAAGCGUUGCUCAUGUUGAGACUGAAAUUCUGCGG